GACCAGAAGCGGGAACUGCAGGCAAAGCUCGACAGCCUGGACGACGAUGGGAUGGACCGGGUGUUCCAUUUCCUCGUGCCGGACUUCGGCGGAGGCGAGGGCGAGGACGGCCAGAACGUGGUGGACGUGGACCUCGACCAGCUGGCGCCCGACCAGCAGAGGGGCCUGAUCCAAUUCGUUGACAAGGAGCUGGAGAGGGUCGCGGCGGCCGCUGUCCCAGGACCCGCAGCGCCAGCCCGCACAGACGGCUGGUCGCAGCUCCAGCCGUCCCUGGUCCGUCCCGGGGGGGGCCUCAAGCGGCGGCGCCGUGAGGGCGCGGUCGCUGGCGCGGCGGAGCGAGACAUCCCCGUGAAGAACGAGUUCGCGCAGGGCCCCCCGCGCGACGAGGAGAGGGUCUCGGGGCGCGUGGAUGCGCUCGAAAAGCGAGUUGCUGAAGCUGAAGCCGAGAUCAAGAACCUCAAGAAGGAGCUGGCGCGCGAGAAGGAGAAGUCGCGGAAGCGACGGCCCGAUCCCGACAGGAGCGACAGCCCGUCGAAGCCGAAGCCGCCGCCUUCGGCGUUCGCCAGGUACUGCCAGAGCAUCCGGGGCGAGCUGAAGGGUUUGAGCGCUGCGGACCAGUCCGCGCGCGCGGGGAGGAAGUGGCAUGACCUCCCGCUGGCCCAGAAGGGCGCCUUCAAGCGGGAGCACGCGGGGGCCCAGCAGUCCUACAGCGUCGCCCUGGCGGCGUACAGUGAGCAGCAGAAG